GCAUUGCAUUUGACUCAAAACAUGGGUAUCUAUUCUUGGCAGAAAGUACAGAACGUUUCUUAUGGUUAUGGAACAUGACUGCAAAUAAACAUCAUAUUUUUUCAGUUUCACUUCAGUCAAUAGCACAUGAUCUAACGCUUGACAUGGCUAAAGAGAAGAUUUAUUGGCGAGUUUCAAACGGAAAUAUUUCUUCUUGUGAUUACUACUCCAAUAAUGUAACUGAUUUUGGAACUUCAAGAGGUCCCAUGGCAUUAUUUGGGGAUUUCAUUUAUAUCAUGACUAGUGUUGGACGAAGUGCCGUUAGUGUCCAUAACACAACAGAUCAACAUACGAGACGUAAAUAUAUUCUUCCUGUAAACGAAGCUUAUCUUGAUUUGGCUGUAGCAAUACACAGUAUCACUCUUGACUCAAACGCGACAAGCACUUUUCACUUUCCUUUGUGUGGACCCAACACAUACUAUCGUAAAAUUAAUGGAACAUUGAACUGCACGUGUAUGGAAGGAUACUCAGGGGAAUGUAACUCGUGCAAAGCAAGCUGUCCUUCUGAUUGGUUGCAUAUAGGAUCAUCUUGUUAUUUCUUCAGUGCAAAAGUAGCAACAUGGAAUAAAGCAAGAAAACUUUGUCAACAGAAGGGAGGAGAUCUUGCUCUUCCAAAGAAUAAUGCUGAGAAUAAUGCCAUUUCAAGAAUCAUCUUGAGAAAAGGCAGGGAAGGUCAUUUUAUUGGUUUGUAUCGCAAUAAAAGCGACAAUCAGUUCUACACAGUUCAAAAUGUCAAGCCCAGUUUCACAUUAUUCCAUCUGGGAGAACCUAAUAAUUCUGGUGGUGUAGAGGACUGUGUUGUAAUUUAUGACACGUGGAAUGACGUUGAUUGUGAGCGUCCCUUUAACUUCAUCUGUCAACGUGAGAGACGUAAUUUAAACUAUAUGGGCGAAUGUCAGUCUUCUCCUUGUGGCAAAGAUAACUUAUGCAUAAAUUACCCAGGCUCCUACGAAUGCCUAUGCUCCGUUGGUUACAAUCUUGACAAAUCCAAAAAGAAAUGUAUCGAUGCCAACGAAUGUCAGUCUUCUCCUUGUGGCAAAGAUCAUUCAUGCAUAAAUAUCCCAGGCUCCUACGAAUGUCGAUGCUCCACUGGAUACAAACUUGACAAAUCCAAAAAGAAAUGUAUCGAUAUCAACAAUUGCGAGUCUUCGCCUUGUCGCCCCUUCUGCUCUUGCUGUAAUACUCCAGGCUCAUACAUUUGCUAUUUGGGUGAUUGUCGGGGUAUUAACGUUGGUGAUGUGUGGCGAUAUUGUUACCAUUAGUGAUGUUGCCAAAAAAUAUAAAAAGGUUAUACAAAGGGUAUGACGAAAGAUCCUAGUGAUGGGGAAUCAUGUUAAAGAAAUACACUAAAAACUUAAUUCUAAUCGAAGAUGCUUUUUGUAGAAUGUGUCGUGGAAAAUUUAAAAGCUUAUGUAGAAAAUGCUGUGUGUUUGACAUUUUUAUCCUUUGUUGAAAUGUAUCUGUAAUACAAAACUACGUGUAACAAGUUGUAAUCAACCAUAUCAUAUAAAGUAAAUGAACAUAUUAUCAUAAUGUAUAAAAAAAGUAAAAUGAUGAAGUUUUAUUGCUGAUAAGAAUAAAAUAUUAUUGACAAAUCAAAUGAUUUACUGAAUUACAUUAUCUUUGAUAAUUUACAAA